AUGUCACAAAUUAAAAAAGAAUUGGAUAACGUAUCUAUUGAACAGAUCGAAAAUGCUCCAGAAAGCAGAUUAAGACGAAAGCUAAGGGAGAUCAAGGAGUCUAUCUAUCACAAGCCUGAUAAGCUAGAAAAUCCUUUAAAGCUAUUGAUUAAUAUCAAUAACACUCAAAGAAUUACAUUCGUUGCUGCUUUCUUUGGCUGGACCUUGGAUGCUUUUGACUUCUUCUGUGUUUCUCUGACUGUUACAGAUAUUGCCAAGGACUUUGAUGUCGAGCCAUCUGCUGUUACAAGCGCUAUUACUACUACUUUGAUGCUAAGACCUAUUGGCGCUCUUAUUUUUGGUGCAUUAGCCGAUAAAUUUGGUCGAAGAUGGCCGUUGAUGAUUGAUAUCAUUCUCUUUUCAAUCAUCAACAUGGCUAGUGGAUUUGCUCCUAAUCUCAAAUCCUUUAUUGCUCUUAGAGCACUAUUUGGUAUUGCCAUGGGUGGUGAAUGGGGUCUUGGCGCAAGUCUCGCGCUUGAAGCACUUCCAGUUGAGGCAAGAGGCAUAUUUUCCGGAAUUUACCAGCAAGGUUACGCGUGUGGUUACCUUUUGGCAACCUUGGUCAACUAUGCAAUCGUACAAACAAACUCUUCGUGGCGUAUUCAGUUUUGGGUUGGUGCUGCAUUUGCUCUCCUAGCAAUUGUGAUCCGAUUCUGGGUGCCUGAAUCCGAAUCCUUUGAAAAAACCAAAGAAGCGCGCAAGAUUUUGGGGCGAUCUAUAUUGAAGGAGACGUGGGUUGUUCUCAAGAACCACUGGCUCAGACUGAUUUACAUGGUUAUUCUGAUGGCUUUCAUGAACUUUUUGUCCCAUGGAUCUCAAGAUCUCUACCCUACGUUUUUGACUACUCAACUCAAAUAUACAGCUUCUCAAAAGACUUCGACGAGUGUUAUAUACAACAUCGGAGCUAUCUGUGGCGGAACAAUUAUCGGUUAUUACUCAACAUACUUUGGUAGACGGCUUGCUAUUGUUGUGUGCGCUAUCAUGGUGGGUGCUUUUAUUCCACUUUGGGCAUAUGGACCCAACAUUGGAUCACUUCAGUUUGGUGCAUUUGUUCUCCAAUUCUUUGUUCAGGGUGCAUGGGGUGUUAUUCCAGCACAUAUCAAUGAACUGGCACCUGCAGCUUUCAGAGGUUUGAUGCCUGGUCUGGCCUAUCAGUUAGGUAACUUGAUCAGUGCAGCUAGCAGUCAGAUUGAGGCUACCAUUGGUGAGAGCUAUCCUCUCAAAAAUGAAGAUGGUUCCCUGAAAUUGAAUGCUGAGGGAAAAGCUAUUGCAAACUACGGGUUGACUCAGUCGAUUUUCAUGGGAUGCGUGUGCGCUUGCUUGAUAAUCACAGUUCUUGUUGGUAAAGAGGAGCGCAACAGAGACUUUAAUGUAGUUGAGCUCGAGAAUGAAAAAUCGGGGGGAGCUGUUGGACCGGUUGAUAUCUCUGAACUUUCCAUGGAGCAGGGCAUUGCCUCAACUUCUGAAAAGCCAAAAUCCGUAUCUAGUAAAACAGAUGCCAACCGUAGCGAUUUGGAAAUUGAAAAUGCCAAGUAA